UUUCUAUCCACAAAAUCUACAUUGUCGCUACCACUCAAUUAUGUAUCUAUACUAUCUUUCUUUAUCCACAACCCCCGAGCACUCUCCUUCAUUCUUAUUCUCACACAAAAACUCUCAACAUGGCGGCUUUGGCCUCCGCAACCGCCACUGUUUCCUCCUUCGCCUUGAGACCCACGCCAUUUUCUUCUUCUCGCAUCUCUCUCACUUCAGCUAAAUUCCCUUUCUCAAACAAUCUCAAUCCCCUCAAACUCAAUUGGUCCAGUAGCAUUUCCGCUCCAAUUCUUCACCAAAACCAUUCCACCGUUACCGCUCCUCCUCGUUCUCUCACUAUUGUUUCCGCUAAAGGCUACAAAUUGAAAACUCACAAGGCAUCGGCGAAGCGAUUUAGGGUUACCGGCGCUGGUAAAAUUGUGCGGAGGAGAGCAGGGAAGCAACAUUUGCUAUACAAGAAAAAUAAAAAGAGGAAGUUGCGACUCUCCAAAAUGGUCCAGGUCAACAGAAGUGACUAUGACAAUGUAAUUGGAGCAUUGCCAUAUCUGAAAGUAAACAGAAAAGCUACAUAAAUAAAUGCUGUGAUUGCAAAUUCUAGUCAUGAAUCUAGCCCUGUUUAGUCUAAUGAAUUGUGAUAUCUCCAAUAUCUUUUUACAGUAUUUGAAAGUUGUUUAAUUUUACAGAUGAAUUGAGGUAGUUUUGCCACUUGAAAUAUCAGUGGCUCAGGAAAAUGUUGCCUUUUCUGUAUCAUGUAAUAACAUUUUGUAUUUAUAUCAUUGUCAAUUUCUACUA